GGAAAACCAUGCGAAUUUUUUGCACUUUUUUACUUUACAACUUUGUUUUAUGUUCCAGAAAUAAUUGUAAAAUUUUUUUCAUGUAUUAAUUAAUUUGAUGCAUCGGCUUUACUGUUUUGUGCAUCAGAACUGGUUGAUGAGAAGCAAAAUGUUUUAUUAAUUGUGCAGAGCUUAAUUUGGAAACAAAAAUUCUUUUGGAGGUACCUUACGUACUUCCUUAAAGUAUGGAACUCCAAUGGAACAUAGAAGAUCUUGAUCUUUUAGCUUCUGACUUAGAUACUAGCCUAUCUGGUUUAGGUGGAGAAGGCCAUACUACUUUUGAUAUGAGUGAUGCCUUGUCUGCUAUCCAAGUUAUCAAGAUGAAUGGUGAAAUGAAUGACUGGAACAAGGAUCACUGUGAACAGCCAUCUUUUUCUGCUUCUCUGUCAAAGUGUUUGGCCAGUGAUAAAACUAAAUCGCAGCCAGAUUUAAAUUCAUGGAAUUACUCGUCUCCAAGUGUAAGCAAUUCUCCUGUUACGAAAUCAGCGGAGUCCAAAGCAAUAAAAAAACCUUGCAGAAAGCGUGAAGAUGGAUUUCAAUCUUCAGAAAGAAAUAGUGAUACAAGUGCAUUUAUUUUUGAUGAUUCUGCUGUUGAACCGAGCUCGUUUUCUAGUAUUGCCAGUGCUCCGACUCUCUGUAGAACUUUAUCUCAGUUUAGCUUGCAGCCAGGCUUCACUAUGAAGGAUCAUAUCCAACAGGCAAAGGCUGAGUUUCAAUAUGUUCUUGCAGCUGCAACUGCUCUCGGUUCAAAAGUGGGAGAAGAGACGCUAACAUAUUUGAAUCAAGGUCAACCGUAUGAAAUUAGGCUGAAAAAACUUCAGGGGAUAUCAGAAAUGAAAGGAAAGCUUUUGAAGAGUGUUUUGCGGGUAGGCUUUCAAGAAAGAAGAUUACAAUUUCGUGAAAAGUUAGAAAUAUUUGCAUGGCAAAAUCAGAGGCCGUCAGAAAGAAUUUUAGAUAUUGAUCUUUCUUUAUCAUAUGGCAUUUUUGAUGUUAUACCUGACCCUAAAAACAUCAAUUGUUGUGAAUUUAUGUGGGAUCCUACGAGGGAAGCAUCUGUGUUCUUAAAGAUUAAUUGCAUUAGUACUGAAUUUACAUGUAAAAGAAGAGGAGGGGAAAAAGGUGUUCCUUUUCGAAUACUGAUUGAGACAUACAGUCAUUGGGAAAAUCCUGCUCAAAAACUGGACUCGGCCUCAUGCUUGGUUAAAGUCUUCAAGUCUAAAGGUGCUGAUAGGAAACAUAAAACUGAUAGAGAGAAACUGGAGAAAUUACCUCAAGCUGAACAAAGAGACUUGCAACCAUCUUAUCAGUGUACUGUAUUUACGCCUAGUACCGUCAAAGUUGAAAACAUAUCAUUCCAAGACUUUCCCGAGAGUGUAUCUCCACAGUCAUUUAAUGGCAGCAUUGACAUAAAACCUGAAUCACCUGCAGUAUCUACUACAGAAGUAACAACAUCUACUCCAUCAUUGACUUCAAGUCCACGUCAAGCACCUGAUGCUAAAGAUAACCUUUAUGCUGAUGACAAUAGUGUGACUCCUGCUACUCACAGUCCUGACUUCUACAUUACUGCUGACACUUCACCUGCAGAAGCCCAAAUUUGGCUUGUAAAAAAUAAAUUUUCAAAGCUUGCUCCUAGUUUUGCCCUAUAUUCUGGUAAAGAUCUCCUGUGCUUGAAUAGAGAAGAUAUGAUUGAAAUAUGUGGCAGUGUUGACGGCAUUAGGUUAUAUAACAGUAUAAGAAUAAGUAAACGCCUGAUUAUCUGUGAAUUUCAAGUGCCACGGAUAAACCGCAAAAAGGUUAAAAUGAGAGACAAACAAGUUUUCCAUGGAUUAUAUUUAGAUUCUUUAACCUGUAAUGAAUUUAAAGGAGAACUGUGUAAAGUGUUUCGACUUAAUUCUGAAGCUUUGGGAGAUAUAUAUCUUACAGGACCUGAUGGGAUACUUUUAAUGCCAUCUGAGAAAGUUCUACAUAAUUUAAAGGAUGAGUCAGUGUUCAUUUGUGAAAUUCUAAAAGCUGAAGAGAAUGAAAAUUAUACUGUUAUCUUAAAAUCUUACAAGAGUCAUUCCCAAGUAGAAUCUUAACAUUGUUAAAGUGUGACCACGAAGAGUUGACCCUCGGCUCCGCCUUGCUUCAGAAUUGUCCAUUUUCGUGAAGGGGAGAUGAGGAGAGGAAAGUUGAAACAGAAUUUGCAAGUGCAUCAUUGUUUUUAGAGUUUGAAUAUGUCACCUUUUGGAAUAUAAGAAAUUAGCCAAAGAUGUAAAACAUUUUAAAAUUGUGCAGUCAAGGCAGAUGCCACAUUGAACAGGUUACAUCCUACGUAUCCCAUCCUAGUGGAUGGGUCUUUGUUUCACUUCUCUCAGCAGCUAUUGGUUAGAGAUAACAACUCCUCCUAUAGUUAAUUUCAAUUGAAAAUCAGCGAGAGUAGGGUUACAAUAAAGAAUGUAAAUCUUGUCAUUUUGUACUGGGCGUCCUUUUUUUUUUCAUAUCGCCAAAAUAUUGCUCAACUUCAAAAUAUGGCACUCAUCCUUUCUUCCUUCUCUACCUAUUUUAGGAAUGGGCUCAUUUUCUCAAAUCAUUAACAAGGGUCAUUUGUUCGCGAUCAAACUAUAAUAAUAUUUAUACUCAUACUAUCUGUCAUAUAUGUAUACUUAGCUAUGUUCUUAGUGCCAAUUAUUUUUUUCAAGUAUUGUUCAU